CAUGUCUUUGAUUGUCUCUGCGAUGUUGCAUCACUGGACUGCACAGGUUAUCGCCAAUGUCAAGCAGGGGUAUCCAGACAUCGAUAUUGCCCAUAAAAGUGCUGCGAUGGCAGUUCCAAAAGUCCCCCAUCCCAACGUGCUGUUCGCGGGCGUCUUGGGAGUCCUUUCCUUGUUCUUUUUCUUCGUUUCUGCGGACUGGUCCGCUUUUGCUUCUGGGAAGCAUUUUGUUAACGGCUAGACCGUGAUAUAUCCUUUUACCCGUUGUUCGCUGCUUCUGUCCGGUCACAGAAUGAUGGAACAAGUGCUGAAGGGAACGUCCAUCGUCUCAGAUUUCACUCCUCUGCAUUCGGUGCAGUCCAAGGGAGCCGUCGUCACUGCUGUGUUUUCUCUCCUUUCUGCCCUGGCUUUGCUUUUUGUGGUGUGCGGAUGUACUCGCGUUGUUCUCCGCAGAGGCUCGCCAGGGAUAUAUGGAGCCCCUGAGAACCUAUUGUUUCGAACGCACAUUGGUCACUAUGUCGGAAGUCUCCUCAUCGGAAACGUGUUUCUCACAGUAGCUGGAUUGAUCGAGUUCAAAUGGGGUCUUCAAUCUGGGAUUACUCAAGGUGCUCUUUGCUUUGCACAGGCUGUCAUAAUGGAAAUCGGGCUAUGGAGCACCGCCUUUUUCACGGUCGCAACGGGUAUACACACCUGCAUUUCCCUUGUUUUCCGCACACGUCAAGUUCCUUGGAUUAACCUGGCAUGUAUUGUUCUAGGAUGGGUCAUCUCGUUUGUCGUUGCAUUGGUCCCCCUGGAAAAGAGCAAUUUGUAUGGACAAGACGGCAUAUCGUGCGGCGUCGCGAGAAAUUACGGAGUUGAACUUUUCGUUUUGCAGCCACUCCCAAUUUUUAUGGGUGUCGCCUGCUCGGGCGCGAUAUAUUCUUUGGUUUUCCUUGUGCUGUUCGGAAAGCUCAGCCCAAAGAACGGUGACCUCGAGAUGAAUUCUCAGUCUCAACAUAGGUGGAGCUUGCUCUAUGACUCCAGGGAAUACGUUCGUUUCAUUGCGGUUCUCGCACAGACCAUGUUCUGGUAUCCUUUCGCGUUUUUCGUGCUCUUAUUCCCCUUCUGUGUCACUCGCCUCCUGAUCUUUUCUGGGUAUUCUCCUUCUGAUGCUGCAGACGUGUUUGCAAGAGUUUGUUGUUCAAUGCUCGGCCUCGCCAACGUUGGUUUGCUGUACAACACUUUCCGGGUCAUAAGGCCCUUGUUUAAGAUAUCUCCUGCAGUCAAGGUCAUGGCAGACACCGAGAAGACGUUUGGACACAGCGCAUCCCAGGAGUCACCAGUCCGCCCUGAGCCGGCAUACAUGCCAAGGAGGGAUGUUUUACUGCCAUCGUUACACCAAAGCCACUAUCGGUCAGAGUCCGAAUCGAGCGCGAAUUCAACCACACAGUUGCUCGGUUUGAAAAGGAAGUCGUCGAAGUACAAUGGAAUGAGGGUGCGGCAAGCGGGACAACCUUCAGUACCAGGACCAUCAAACCGGAGAAAGGCCGGACUCGCCAUCACCGUACCACCACCACCAUCGGUCGGGGUUCUGAGUCCGCCUUUGGUUACUGUCAAGCUAUCUGCUGUUUCCCCUCUUCCGGCCAGUCAUGAAUCCCAAAGCAAAUCUUCGGGGCGGGAAGAUGCGAGUGGGGGGUCUCCGCACUUGAUCCUUGGUGAUGAGCUAGCGGCAUUCCCUCCGGUUCCCCUGUCAGCUUAUCAUGUACCCAACAAGAGUGCGACUUUGGCGUUGCGACUAGGAUUGCCUACACCUUCACCUGCGAUUACGCCUUCGUCACGGUACAUAGUACCUUUCUCGGCCAGCCUUCAACCGCCAACCCCACAACCGCUAUCCACUGGACAUGACAACGGCAAGGGAGAGGCUCCACAACUUCCUGAAACGUCUAUCCCCCGUAUCAGUGUCACUGCUCCAGGCGCUGCCUACCGACCUCCCUCGAGCAUCCGGCCACUUCCUGACCUCCCCGAGACGCUCGACUCAGAUCGCUCCAGUUGCUACUCAAGCUCGGCAUCGUCUUCUAGUGAUAGCGAAGGCGAGCACCAUCACGUACAUAGACCAUCAUCCCCGCGUAGCGCUCUGCGGCCGCUGCCGGCUGUGCCUCCGCCAAAUGAUGGCGACAUCGCAGACGCUGAGUGGCCGUGCACACCUGGUCCCUCUACUCGGACCAUCUCUCGGACCUCCGAUAGGUCGGACGACAGACGAAGUCGGCGCACGACCAUGAGCUCUGUCUGGUCGCAAGACAGCGCAUGGACGAAGAGUCAGGCACCGGACAGCGAGGCCAUACAUGCAUAUUCACAACUUGUCCCACACGCGGUGUUACCUGGCCACGAGCAGGUGAAUGUCGGGCCGAUGGCAGCAAAACGCACGGUAUUGCCUGCAACUCCGCGAUUGGCUACUCUGAGAGGAAUGCGUCCGGUCAAGCUCGCGUCGAGGCUGACUGUGCGAUUUGCUGGUGUCAUCAAGAGCCCAAUAUCACCUAGCGAGUUCACGAUUGUAAAUGUGCCUAAUAAUGAUAGUGCUGUUUGAAUGAGGAUUGAGAUGAUUUUGCAAUACCCUGCUACUACUGUAUUUUAGUUUCGAGUGUAAUGCCAUUCCCCGGU